CGCCUUUCCUCAUCGUCAUUCACGACGUUGGCCCACUGGGCCACUAUCCGAUUUCUCCCUAGCGAUAACCGAUAUCGGGUGGAUUUUACGAUCUCACACACCGCCUGAUCAGGUGGCACCCACUUGGAAGGGAGUCUUAUAGACUCUUACCAUCUCCACUAUCUAGGAUUCUUAAUUCUCUCUGAUCAUGGAUGAGCUCGUGCAUCAUUGUCUCCGAGAGCUUUCAUUCGAUGGCGAUCUUGGUUGUAACGUUUCCCGCUUGCGAGAUUUCAUCGUAGGAUUCCACAGUCACGACGCUACCCACCCGCAGGUCGUCGACGAUGCCUUUUGCGCGUUUGUGUGGUCUAUAGUCGUCCAGCAGCCCACUGUCCGCGUUGGUACGGUUCCUGCGGGCAUAUCAUCCGAAGUGUACAUCGCUCCUCAGACGAGCGCAAAGCGUAAGGCGGCAGCUAAGGGCGAGGUACUUGUUGAAGAAGCCCCGCCGUCACUCGCUCUCGUUGAGAAUGCACGCGAGAAGUCAUUAGAGGACCUAAAGGCAGAAUAUGGCGAAGAUAUCAGAAUUGCUGUUGAUCCAGAGACGUCUUUUGCUGCAAUCACAGGAUCUCAUAUUAGAUCUUCGAAACUCAGCCCAAUGGUUUACAGUGCUUUGCAACUCAUCACAAGGGGUCGCGAAGAAGGUAUUACAACCGUCGAACUCGGACGUAAGACAAAGUACGAUCAGAAAACGUGCUUUUAUGUCAUCAAACAACUGCUGGAGCUUGGCUUAAUCAUCAAAGCACGGCGAGGAGGUGUUGGUAAUCACUCCUGCAUUCACAGAUAUUUUGUGGAGCGCAGCGCGUUCUGGCAACAGAUUCAGCAAGAGGAAGCCAAAGAUGACGAGCCGAUGGUUAUUGGGGAGAGUCAUCCGCAAGACGCGACCUCAAUUGAAGAUGGGACUCCCUCUGCAGCACCAUCAGAACUCGACUUUGGGCCUGUGGAUUCCAGACAUUUGUCUAGUCUUCCACUCAUCAAAAACCGAAUUGUCAAGUUGCUGAGGGCCUCGCAAAACAAUAUUCACGCGUCAAAUAACUUAAUUAUCACCAUCGGCUUUACGAAUCCCACCAAGACAGACCGUCGCUUCUUUCAAACCCGUCUUCGAGAGUUGAUAACGCAAGGAGUGAUAGAGCGUGUAUUGGUCCCGAGCUCCAAAGUUAAAGAUAGGCUUGUCAAGUGCAUACGACUUGUUGCUCCAGACAAUCAACUCCCAGAGGGCGGCAUCGUUCUUGCCUCUCAGGAAGGGGAGGACGACGAGAAGGAAAUCGCAUUUGAUGAUACCUCCGCUGGUCACACUGAAGUUAAGGCAAACCGCACAAUCCAAAAACAAGUGUCAGAUCUGCUUGAAGAAGCAGGGUCUUCCGGCAGAACUCUCCACGAAAUUUGUAACGCUCUUGGCAAUUUCGAUAAACGCACUAUUGAGCUUCUGUUGACACGAGCAGUCAAGAGUCAACCUCCCGCCCACCUCAGCGAUCUCGGGACAGCGGACUUCAUGGAGUCUUUUGGGCGGGAAAGACGUCAUCGAUACUAUACUCUCGCGGCAUAUACAGCAGUCAUGGCUAGCGAAAAGCUCGAAGAUACAACAACGCCAUAUGUCGACAUUGAUCUAUCAAAAGCCGGCGAUUUUGCCGUGUUUCACGAGGCGAUGUUUUACGAUGACGAUGAAGCUCUUCAUCAUUACGAAGACACAUUCAAGGACAAGGAGGGCGCCAAAAUGAAGACGGGAGGAAAGAAGCGUAAAAGGCCAGAAACUGAGAAUCCGGGAGAUGACGAAGCUGUUGAAGAUGCGCCAGAACCUGCCCCAAAGGCCAAAAAGGGUCGCCCACAGAAAAAGCCGCGUGCUGAGGAGGACGGUGACAUUUCUACUCCUCCGAAAAAGCGUGGUCGACCUCGCAAAAACCCGGUUGCUGAGGAGAGUGAUGGGACCUCAGCGGCACCUAAGGCUCCCAAAAGGCGGGGUCGUCCACUCAAACAGAAGGCCGAUGCUGAACAAGCCGACCCCCAUGCCGAAGUUCCAAGAGGUAAAUCGAUGGAAGGUGUCAACGACAUUGUUCUUACCCCACAAGUCCCGUCAGCGCCUCCACCAGAGACUAGUAGACACCCUCCACAGCAAAUAUUGGACAGUGCAAGAGUCAAAGAAUUGUCCGUCGUGGAUAACCGCCCUUCCGCACAAGAAGUCAUUAUUAUCGAUCCUGUGUUGCUGGGGACGUCCUCGGCGGACAUAACGUUAGCUGGGAUGGGGGAGAAGCGGAAGGGAUCCCCACCACUAGCAACACCUUCCCAAACCAAGCGCACCCGAUUAUCUACGCCUGGUGACAAGCUGAAAACAAAUCCGAACAUAUCUCAUUUACGCCGCGAGAACGAAUUUUUCCGGGUAAUUCAAGAUCUUGGCGGCAUUGCAAAUCUGCACACAAAACAUUUUUUUGAUGCUCACAUCGCUCUGUUGAACGAUAUGGCUCAGCGUGGAGAACCCGCAAGUGCGCCCCUAGGAACUCGUAUCGACAAGAGAACUGCAGACGCUACCAUAAAGAACAUGGAAAGUCGCGGCCGCGUCAAAACCCUCAAAACCACUGUUUUCGCUGUCACCGGAAGCACUCGACCUGCCUGCCUCGUUUAUCUCCCAGACACACCUCAAGAGAAAAUUAACACGUUUUUGCAUCAUUUGAGCCACAACACCCCGACUCCUAGUGUUCCCCCAGUUAAGACAUUCGAGGAGCCUGUGGAUUUUGGAGCUUCGAGCAACGUUUCGCAGCGCACCACUCUACCGCUUCAUCUGCUGCAAAUAGAGAAACCCGGGAAGGAUGAUGAUGAACAUCAGGUUCUUGACGCUGCCAAGGUGGAGGAGCUUUUCUCAUUCGACUCUGAAACGAUCCGCGAUGUGCUCCUUACAGAGAGGACCACGGUAGCACAGUUGUAUGGUUUCAGAGUCGGGAAAGCGGCUCGGUUGCGGGACUUUCACGUCUUUACCCUUGGGUUGCUCGAACAACACUCUUCACCUCGCAUUGUGUCCCACGAGCAUUCCAUGAUCGACAUUUCCUUGUACCAGCUUGACGUUCCCAUUGCUAUAUAUUGCUCAUUCGUUGCCGUUCUCAGCUAUGACGAAGAGCUAUCAAAGCUCGUGACCUCCGUGGAGGGUAGAGAAACACUACUCAGAGACCUGCCGAACCGUAUAUCAGCAAAACUGCAGGUGGGGAAGUCGCGUUCCAAAUCUCGCGUUUUGGAACUCUUAGAUACCCUUCGGCUUCUCGGCCUUGUGACUCCUUACGAACUCUCCACGGAUGACAACGCAGAUUUCACAUGUACCCUCUCUGAUGGCCGGACAGUUGCAUUCAAGGCAGCCUCUUUCGACGGUUGGCGGGUAUCCGCACCAUCUGCCGCGCCCCAAUACUGGCGUUUCAAUGAAACGGCACCCUUACAUCUAUGGGUUCUUUCUGAUUCUUCCCCUUCUUACUGGAAGCAUGUCUCUGUGGCAUCUCGCUGCGAUGGUGUAGCUUUUUGGGACGAGCUGCAUAAAGUCAGCCGAGACCUUGCUUACGCACGAAGCACUGUUUGUCCAACGCACGGCACUUUAGGACCUCCAACAAACACAUCCCUUGUGCGAUUCCUCCGCCGGAGAGUGUCUUGGGACUUGGAAUACCACCUAACUUGGCACCAGAAGCGUUAUCUAGACCAAUCCGUAGACAGCGCCACGGCCCGCAGUCCGCUUGACGAAGAGGAUAGUGACUCACGGCUACAACUGAUUUGCCAUGUUCUUAGCGCUCCACGUGCUCCUGUUGUCGCCUACCUCAAAGAAGCUGCUGAAAAGGUUUUGCGUGAGAUGAAGAAAGCACGGGCGAGGCAGAAACGAGACGAGGCGGAACAUUGCGCAACGCAAAAUUUCGAAGCCAAGACUAUGCUUCAAAAGAAGGUCGAAGAAGCCAAGCUUCAGAGGGAAAGCGAUUGGGAAGCUCUGCUUCAGCGCGUGCAUCCUGGGCCUCUUAAAGGCACCAUUGGCAUCCGGAUUCGAGCUGUUCGCAAUCGCUUUAUGCAAUCCAGCUCGAUCAGAGAUACAGACCGAUGGCAAAGUGAGAUUGAAAACGCCGUUUGGGAGGCUCGACUGGCUUCAAACAAGGUUAUUGCAAGGCCGAAGGCACUUGCGGUUCCGCGCCCCAUAGCUUUACCACCUGUCGCAGCCAAUCCUCCUGAGAAAUCGGUGCAUUUUCUCAUAGCUCAGCAAGGUCCACCUAUUCUCGUGCAACAAAUCGGCAAAUCGAAAGGAAAAACCAAGACCAAGGGAGAUCACGAAGACCAAUCAGAGAACAAGACACCACACCAGAGGCGCUCCAGAUUCCACUGGACUCGAGAAUACGACGAACUCGCCCGUGAUGCAUCUGCUAUAAUUCGUGCUCGAUGUCGCGGUGGGGUCAAGAUCGAUCUUUCAGCCUUUGACCAGGUGUUUCCCGCCGUGCCACGUAACUCUGUCCGCCUCCGCCUAUCACAUCUCCGAGAGAAUACUGGUGAAGAGGUGUACAUGAAGCGUCUCGAGGACCGAUGGCAUGACCUUUGGGCUCAGCAUAGGGGUACCGAGCACCUUCCCGACGAAGAUCCUCAAAGCCCGUCGAACUUUGACAUCGUAAAUCACAUAGAGUUUCUUCGGAAGCAUGUUGAUAAGAACGCCUUGAGGGUUGGUUAUGUCGAGCAUACAACUCGGACGAAACUACCACCAUCAGUGGAUGAAAUCAUACAUCAUUUUGAUGUGCUUUGCAACACAACAAUUUCUCCCGCUUGGGAUUUUGUGUGGCAAGCAACCGUCGAAGAAGGUCGAGAGAAACAGUUUCUCCGGCAGUCUUUCACUCAUGGACCAGACGAAGUUCCAUUUGUCACAAACACGAGUGACGAUGUAGUUCAAGUCGCGGAAGCUGCGCUGAAGAUGGUUUUUGGCAUGCCUACCGAGCAUUACGACGCUGACCUGGCAGCGCAAAUGCUCCACAGUGCAGGUGAUCAGUCUGUAUCCCUUGCGACCUCCAACCUUUUGCGGCGUGGAGUCUUGUCAAGGGUGGUUCGUGAUCCCAAAAAGAUGAAGCCGGGACGUACAUUGAAAAUAUCAGACGUCAACCUAAACGCCAUCGGAGGCUCCAUACACAGAGACUUAUUUCAAGACGCUGUCGCUUUGGAUGAGGUAUUUGCAGAACAAGUCGACAGUCUGGAAUGGCCUUUGUUAGCUUCUGAUGGUGACACCGCAGCACUACUCCAGCUGGUGUCAGAGGAGCAGGUCAAUUUCAUCAUAGAUACGGCACAGUCGCGAAACGCUCGAACAAGGCUUGACUGGAACAGCAAAAAAGCAGAUGACGACGAUAUCGAGGCUAGCAUUCAAGUCCGCUUGAAUGCACUUGACGGAGACGAUAACGAGGGCAAUGGAAGCGCGAUAUUGCCUUCAUAUGAGUCGCGCUCGGACCUUACGAACACUCCGCUGGACGAGAGCGUGCAGCAUGGAAAAACGGUGACUGGAGCUGACGCUGCUUGUGCUGAGAAGACGCAAUCGAGAAUCGUAGAUUGCGUGCUAUGUACGGAGUCAACUUUUUCCGAGUUCGUCGCUCGUCUGGAUGGCGAACAACAAAAAGUGGCUCGAACUAUAUUUGAUCGAGCUAAUGCGUCAUUAGAAUCUGGCUCAUCAAAGUCGCACUACCUAGCUCUUGGUGCUGGCGAUGUGGUUAUGGACUUGUUACAACGAAUGUCCCAAACAUCCCCGCCCCUCAUUCUGUGGGCAGGAUACUCUGCGCCAAUCAUCGUUUCCUGCCUUCACGCUCGUCCUUGGACAGUGGAGAUCAUUAGGGAACCAAAAACUCUUGUCUUACCUCGACGUUGGGUAGAUAUCCGUGGUGGUACAAUACGAGAGACCUGGAACGCCGCCCUGCACGCCGUUGUGGGCAUUAUUUUCUUUCAUCCAGGAAUUUCUCAGACCGAGCUGCGAUGGAGGCUUAGGGCAGUAUGUGAUCGACAGGAACUCGUAGACAUCGUGUGCUUUUUGAACCGUGAAGAAGCCAUCUACGCACGAGUUGGUGCAACACGUCCGACUGGCACUAUCUGGCCGGCAACAUUGGACGACGGGGAGGAACAGCAGGUCUUCUGGUUCAUUGGCAAGAACAAGUAUUGGUAUCAAGUCUAAAUCCACAGUCAUGACGCCACGGGUACCAUAAGUACCAUGCUCACGUCAAAGAUCACGAGUGUCAUUGUGAUAUAUGAUUCAUAGACAUUCU